CUCACUCAGAGCUAUCUGACGCUGUCCUUCUUCCUCACACACUCCUCUCGGAAUCUUCUCAUUUUUUCGUUCCACACAAAACAUGCAGGGAGGAGAGGAGGAGAAAGGAAGAAACGCGUCGGAGGCGACAAGAGAGAGAGAGGAAGCAGAGAAAGUUGGUAGAGGAGCGAGAGGGCCAGAGGAGAAGAGAGGGGUCGACCAGAUGGGAGGAAGGAAGGAAAGGAUCUCUCUGCGGGCUCAAGUGCGCGAUUAAAGGAUUCUGUAUGAAUAAACAAAUAUAUGAAUCAAAGCCUAUAAUACCAAAAGAGCAGUAGGCGCGCCUCCGCGUUGCGUGGACGCGGAAAAAGCAGCGGCGGUGCGCGUUGUAAGCAGUCAAGUCCUGUCUUUCUCUGUUUGGAUUUUGCUCCUCAUGUUCUUCAAACUCUCGGCGAGGUUCACUUAUUUUUGAGGUCAGUGUCUGAAAAACGUUACCUCCCCUCGACCUUCCAAGUCACCGUCUCCCCGGAAAAGAAGCCCCAACUCCGGGUGGAAGUGAAGGAAGGCAUAGCGUUUUUGGUUCCUUCCGAGGAGACCAGCUUGCCGUAGCCGGGGUUUAGGCGUUGGCACCCGGGCAGGCAGUCCCUCGCCAUGGCCGGGGCCAAGCCGGGAGUACACGCGCUGCAACUCAAACCCGUGUCCGUCCACGAAGCGCUGAAGAAGGGGGGCAAAUUCAUCAAAUGGGACGAGGAGCCCAACAGCGGCCCCCCCUCCCUCGUAACCCUGAAAGUUGACCCAGAUGGAUUUUUUCUCUACUGGACUGGAGGAUCCAACCUGGAAGUGGAGAUUCUGGACAUCAACACCAUCAGGGACACCAGAACAGGAAAAUACGCCAAACUACCAAAGGACCAGAAGCUGCGGGAAGUGCUGGGCUUCGGUAAGGGUGAUAAUGCUGAAGGGAAGCUGGUAACUGUCGUCUAUGGCCACGACCUGGUCAACAUCUCCUAUCUUAACUUCCAGGCUAUGCAGGAAGAUACAGCCAAGAUUUGGACAGAUGAGCUGUUCACUUUGGCUACAAACAUACUUUCCCAAAAUGCAUCGCGGCACACCUUCCUCAACAAAGCGUACACUAAGUUAAAGCUGCAGGUGAAUCAGGAUGGGAAGAUUCCUGUAAAGAAUAUUCUCAAGAUGUUUUCAGAUAAAAAGAGAGUAGAGACGGCUCUGGAGCAGUGUGGCCUCGUCAAUAACAGGGCAGAGGGAAUCAAGCCAGAUGAUUUAACAUGGGAGGCCUUCCAGAAGUUUCUUGACAACCUCUGUCUCCGGCCUGAGAUACAAAGCAUCUUUGAGGAAAGUGGCUCCAAGAGGAAACCAUUCAUCUCUUUGGACCAGUUGAUGGAUUUCAUUAACCACAGGCAGCGAGACUCUAGACUGAACGAGGUGCUGUACCCCCCGCUGAAAAGAGAGCAGGUCCGACAGAUUAUGGAGAAAUAUGAGACCAACGCCAGCCAGCUGGAGAGAGACCAGAUCAGUUUGCAGGCGUUCAGUCGGUAUCUGGGAGGAGAGGAAAACAGCAUCGUACCUUCAGAGAGGCUGGAUAUCAUCGACGACAUGAACCAACCGCUGUCUCACUACUUUAUCAACUCCUCACACAACACAUACCUCACAGUGGGUCAGCUAACCGGUCUGUCGUCAGUGGAGAUGUACAGGCAGGUGCUGCUGACCGGCUGUCGCUGUAUAGAGCUGGACUGCUGGAAGGGCCGGCCGCAAGAUGAGGAGCCCUACAUAACACACGGGUUCACCAUGACCACUGAGAUCCCCUUCAAGGAGGUGAUUGAGGCAAUAGCAGAGAGUGCUUUCAAGACCUCACCAUACCCCCUCAUCCUGUCCUUUGAAAACCACGUAGAUUCGGCCAAGCAGCAGGCUAAAAUGGCCGAGUACUGCAGGACCAUUUUUGGAGACGCCCUACUCAUUGAGCCACUGGAAAAAUAUCCGCUGGUCCCCGGUCAGCUCCUCCCCUCACCGCAGGAGUUGAUGGGGAAGAUUCUCAUCAAAAACAAGAAGAAGCACCACCACCAACGACCCUCAAGUAGUGGCAGCAUACGUCGCAGAGAGCUGGAGGGGCGUUCGUCACCCAACAACGACUGCCCUCUGACAGACAGCGAGGGAAGCCAGCUCUUGUCUAACGUGGAAGAGAAGCUGGCUGAGAGGAUGGUCAAAGACUCUGAGCCUCGCAAAUCCAUUGGAGGUGAAGGAGAAAGCGAGGAGGAUGAGGAGGAUGAAACAACGACGGAGCUGAAGAAGCCGAACUCCGACGAGGGUACCGCCAGCAGUGAGGUGAACGCCACAGAGGAGAUGUCGACUCUCGUCAACUACAUUGAACCGGUCAAAUUCAAGAGUUUCGAGGUGGCAAACAAGAGGAGGAAGUUCUUUGAAAUGUCGUCCUUGGUGGAAACCAAAGGCAUGGACACCCUGAAGAGCUUCCCCAACGAGUUUGUCGAGUACAAUAAGAAUCAGCUGAGCCGAAUCUACCCUAAAGGAACAAGGGUGGACAGCUCCAACUACAUGCCUCAGCUCUUCUGGAAUGUCGGCUGCCAGAUGGUGGCGCUUAACUUCCAGACCCUUGACCUCCCUAUGCAGCUGAACAUGGGGGUGUUUGAGUACAACGGCCACAGCGGUUACUUGCUGAAACCUGAGUUCAUGAGAAGGACAGACAAACACUUUGACCCUUUCACAGAAAACAUAGUGGACGGGAUAGUCGCCAAUACUGUCAAAAUUAAGGUGAUCUCAGGCCAGUUUCUGUCAGAUAAAAAGGUUGGCGUGUACGUAGAAGUGGACAUGUUUGGACUUCCUGCUGAUACAAAGAGAAAGUACAGAACCAAAACAUCCAAUGGGAACUCGCUGGACCCCGUGUGGGAUGAUGAAAUGUUUGUGUUUAAUAAGGUGGUCCUCCCAACACUGGCCUCUCUGAGGAUAGCUGUGUUUGAAGAAAACGGAAAGUUCAUUGGACACCGGAUCCUCCCUGUGUCCGCUGUCAGACCUGGCUACCACUACAUCAACCUGAAGAAUGAGCUGAACCAGCCCCUCUUCCUGCCCUCGCUGCUGGUUUACACUGAAGCUCAGGACUACAUACCUAAUGAACACCAGGAGUACGCAGAGGCUCUGACCAACCCCAUAAAGCACAUCAGUCAGUUGCACAAGAGAGAGACACAACUGGCUGUUCUCUUAGAGGACAGCAGUGAGCAUAUCCACAACCAGCCAAAAGAGAGAGAGACAAAGGGAGAGUGUGAAGUCAUUCCAGGAAGUCGACUCUCCUCCCCCUUCCACACGCCCCCCCCCUGUUCAUUGGAUGAAACCCCUGUGAUCAUAAAAUUACCUGCACCGGCACAAAGUCAGAAGGAAGACCUCAUAAGCACUGUUCUGGCAGAUGUCCAGGCUCAGUCUAUAGAGGAGUUGAAGCAGCAGAAGAGCUAUUCAAAGCUAUUGAAGAAGCAGAGCAAAGAUCUCAAAGAGAUGCAAAAGAAACACCUCAAGAAGGUGUGGAAUCUGAGUAAGGAGCAGAAGAGUCGGACUAGCAAGCUUCAAUCUGAUACCCAGAGGAGACGCAGUCAGAUGGAAAAACACCUUAAAUCUAGCAUCAAGAAAAACGAGCCCAAUGAGCCGGUGCAGCGUGAACUGUCAAAGUUGGAGCAGGAGCUUGAGAAGCAGACGGUCCAGCUGAGGGAAUGGCAGAUGCAAGAACUGCUAAAGCUCCGACAGGAGCUUCACUUACCGGAGAGGGAGAAACAACAAACACACCUGCAGGAGGCCUUCUUGAAGUUAAAGGAGACGGCCAUUGAAUGCCAAACAGCUCAGCUGAAGAAGCUGAAGGAGACAUGUGAGAAGGAGAAGAAAGAGCUCCAGAGGAUCCUGAACAGGAAGCGACUAAACAGCAUCAGCGAAGCUAAGUCCCGUGACAAAGACAAGGCUGAAACGGAACUGAUUGAGAUCAACAGAAAACAUAUUCAAGAUUCUGUUGCCUUAAUCCGCGGGCUGGAGCAGGCUCAGACCAGGAGACAGGAGGAGCUGAUGCUGAAGCACCGGGAGGUGCUGCAACACAUAGAUGAUGAACUUCCACAGCUCCAGUCUCAGUUGGAGAGGAAACUAGAUCAGGAGUAUCAGGGACUACAGCAGGAAAUCUGCCAGCACCUUCAGUUGGAGCUCCAGAACAAAGGUCUCCGAAAAGACGCCCUGUUCUCGCACUUGUCCAACAGCAGCCCGAGCCCCAGCUCCAACUCGGAUCGGCCCUCCAACUGCUCCACACCCUCUUACCCGUCAACACCCAAUCAGAGCCCCUUAAACAGGAGCAUGGACAAUAGCACUGCGUCAUUGGCCGAUUCCACUUCCUCGUCCACCACUCCCGUCCUGUCGGAGGCGGAGAUCUCAUUAUAAUAAUACAUACAAACGGAAAUACAUACAUUUAACUGGGGUCUAUAAUGAUUACAAUGUGGGAUAGCAACGAUUUUAAUUAUGUACUAAUUAUUUCCUUUUUCAUUACAGACUGUCUACAGAGCUAAAUUACUUUUAUUUGCUGUUUUUGUCAUGUGUACAUCAUGCCUAUUGUUGAAAAUGUACUAACGAUCAUAACCAAACUUAAAUAUAUAUAUAUAUUUUUUUUUACAUUUUCUUGUCUUUGUCUUGCUGUUUAUGUUGUAUCCCCUGAUACCUUUUUCUUAGCAUCAUUUCCAAUUUUGUCUGGUCAGUAAGCUCUGCUUUGUUUUGUUUUUUUGCAAUAGCAUUCUGUUUGUACAAGCUUUAAUCUUUUUAUUGACACUUUUGAAAGUUUUAAAUCGUGUAGCGCGGGGAGCAGCUUUUUGAAAACGGCUGCCUUUAUUCAGGAAAACAUAACACAUACAGUUGGCCCAAGUGAUUGCGGUAGUGGUAAGAAAAAGAACACUUUUUUGAUAUUUUGUUUGUAGCAAUGUAAGAACAACUGGAUUGCUUCAUAAUUGCCUCAUGUACUACAAAUCUGAGGAACUAUUUAAAAGGCAGCCUAUUGAAAUGUCAGAGUGCUACAAAUAAAUGUCAAAACCACAUAUCCUUUCCACUUUUGCAAAAAAAUAUAUUCAAAGUUCAAGUAUUUUCCAGAACUGGGUA